AAUCCUGAUAGAAUUUUGUUCUUCCAAGGCGAUGAUGCCUGGAGCAAUGGCGGCCAUUCGAACAACUUGUCGAUCCUACAAAACCUCAGUUGCAACUUGAAACUGAAAAGCGACGAGCUUCCCUAACAGCUUGUUGUCUGCGUCGAUUUUGGAUUGCUUAUUUUUUCUUUCUUCGUCACCUUCCGGUAGCCAUGACCUCUCGAUCCAAACGGCCGGUAAUGGCCGAACCGGUCGGCGUCCUUCAUUUAAUAAGGGCUUCGCCGAGAUCGCUCAGAAGAAUUGGUGGAAGGUGGGAACCGAAGAGGAGAUGGUGGUUCUUCCUUACGGCGACGUCGAUUGUGGCCUCCGUGCGCUCGCUGGUAAGGCGGAGGGCUUUGGCCGGCACGCCAUCGGUGGCCUUCAUGGCGCUAUUUACGUCGUUACCAACUUGGAUGAUGAUGGAUGUGGCUCUCUUCGCGAGGGUUGUCGUAGGAAAGAACCACUCUGGAUAGUUUUUGAAGUUUCAGGAUCAAUUCAGCUUUCAUCAAGUCUGAGGGUAUCUUCCUACAAGACAAUUGAUGGUCGAGGACAAAAGAUAAAGAUAACUGGCAAAGGCUUGAAAUUAGCAGAGUGCGAACAUGUCAUUAUAUGUAACUUGGAGCUUGAAGGUGGUAGAGGACAUGAUGCAGAUGGGAUCCAGAUAAAACCAAAGUCAAGACAUAUUUGGAUAGAUCGCUGCAGUUUACGUGAUUUUGAUGAUGGGUUGAUUGAUAUUACUCAAGAAAGUACUGAUAUCACUAUUUCAAGAUGUCAUUUCUCCAUGCAUGACAAAUCUUUGAUCAUUGGAGCUUCCAGUACCAAUAUCACCGAUCGAUGCAUUCGAGUGACAAUUCACCAUUGUUUUUUUGAUGGAACAAAGCAAAGGCAUCCUCGUGUUAGAUUUGCCAAAGUUCAUCUUUACAAUAAUUACACAAGAAGUUGGGGCAUAUAUGCCGUUUGUGCUAGCGUUGAAUCACAGAUUAUCUCUCAAUGCAACAUAUACGAAGCUGGGAAGAAGAAGUUGGUUUUUAAAUAUCUCACAGAGAUGGUAAAUUUGAAUUGAAUUAACCUUCUAUUUCCUUUACUAUUAAUUUUAACCUAUCUUUCGCUUUGCUAUCUAUUUUAGUCUGGUCUAGGUAGUCAAGUCUAUUCGGUUAGGUGGGCUAGGGCAUCAUUAAUUUAAGCCUAUUGUACAGGGAAACUUAGCUAAGUCACACCGGAUCAUUGGAUUAAAUUCUCCAUGGAAAGUUUUAGAAAGACCACAUGCUGUUCAAGAAGUGGUUGAAAACAUGAUAAGAGAAUAACAAGCCCAUUUGUUCCCAUCAAAUUGCAUUUAUAACCUACUUUCCAAUAGUUAGGCUUCAUUUGUGAUGGCUUUCUUAUUGCUUUCU